AUGGAAUUAGCAUUUGCUUAUGGCUUGAUCAACCUGGAGCUUCAAGAAAGAAUCCAAAAAUCUGGCUGUGACUUCUCAAAUUUCUGCGUUGAAGAGCUAUUUGAUAAAUGCGAAGCUUUAUUAAAAAAAUUCAAUGUCGCUAUGGCUAAUUUUAACAUAUACGACAUAUAUAGACCUCCAGAUGAAUAUUAUGGAUCAGUUCAGAUUGAAAAUACCCAGAGUUUUCUAUCCUCAGAUUCAAGAAAUACCUGAUCUGUCAAUUCAUUUUUCAAAAUUGAAAGAUCUAGAGUUCAGAGCACGAACGGUAUUGUUCCAAUCAAGAGAUAUAUAAAUCAGAAAGAUGUAAAGGAUUCCUUACAUAUCCCUGCUGAAUAUUCAUGGGAGAUUUCAGUACUCUCGACCACUCAGUGGAUAUAUCCCUUGCUCAAAGGAAGAUACAGAAUGAUGCACUACAGUGGAACCAUCGAUGCUAAAGUACCAACCAUUGGUACCCAGAGAUGAAUGGCUGAUCUCGGAUGGCCAGUAAUUAAAGAAAGGAAGACUUGGUCCUUCAAACCCUUGCUUCUUGGAGGCUACACUGAAUCCUGAGCAGACAACCUCGACUUGAUCAUCAUCCACGGUGUUGGCCAUAUGGUCACUGAAUGGGUCAAACAUCAAGCCUUCUUGAUGGAUAGCAAUUGGAUAUCCAGAAAUCAUCUUCCUAGAAAAUAA